CCUUGGCACUGCUCGCUCUUCUUUUUGGCUUGUCUCCACGCUCAGCUUGACAAUCUAGUCACGGGCCGUCCCGGACGAAUGUGAAUGGUGAGCUUCGGAGAACGCCCUGAUCGACAAGGAGAGGAAAUUUCUGCUUUCGACCGAUUGGUCUGUCCUUAUCAGUGCAGAAUUCACGAGGUCUAAUGCUGUCUUGGCUCUUGCAAACGUUGUAUCCAGGCUUCUUGGCGGUGGCUAUAUUGUCUCAGGCAAUUGAACCGGUAGUAGAGGGUUAAAACCUUCUUCCCACCUCAUAUUCGCUGUAUAGUCUGGGUGCAUCAUCUCCUCCUAUUAUCCAUUUUUCCAAACUGCACUGUAUUCUCAUCCGCGCUGCUCGACUUCUUUCAUUUGAGAAUGGCCACUCAUAGAAAAGGUGGAAAGCUCUCCUCUUUUCUCCGCACAGAAAUCCAUGCCCGCCACGCGGACAUCCCUCUUUUUGCCUGCUGUCUCAGCUCAGGCCUGAUAGACAGCACCAUCUACAACGCUUAUACCACCUUCGUCUCGAUGCAAACCGGAAACACUAUCUUCGUUGGCCUAGGCGCUUCCAAUCAGAACCCUAGACCAUAUGGCUGGGCACGCUCGCUAACUUCCAUUGGCUGUUUCGUGAUCGGGUCGUUCUUCUUCGCAAGACUCCACCGACUUCUUGGUGCCAAGCAGAGACUAACCCUAAUUGUCUCCUUCUUUCUUCAAGCCCUUAUGGUAGUGAUCACGGCAGGCCUCGUCCAAGGUGGUGUCAUAGCCGGCGCACCCCCUGGGAGCUCGCUGCAUAAUGCUGAAACGCAGUGGACACAUGAAGUGCCCAUUGUCCUGCUGAGUAUUCAGUCGGCGGGGCAGAUCGUCGCCAGUCGGUCACUGGGUUUUAACGAGAUCCCCACUGUUGUUAUUACUAGUCUUUUGUGUGAUCUGAUGUCUGAUCCAAAAUUGUUUUUGCUGCGGAAUGAGAAACGCGAUAGGAGGGUCGUCGCGUUUGUGCUUACUCUGGUUGGUGCCAUUGCGGGAGGUUGGAUCACCAAGGCAACGGGGAACAUAUAUGGGGUAUUGUGGUUGGGAGCGGGGAUCAAGUUGUCUAUCUCUGCAGCUUGGGUGUUUUGGUCCAAGAUUUGAGUGGGAAAGAGAUGGAGGUUUACAAUGCAAGAGAUGGAGGUGGGUGAAUCUGCCGGCGACUCGUGACUCGUGGCUCGUAUUGCUCUUUGUAAUUCCACUCACUGCUCGUUAUGCCCACGCUUUACUGCCGCC